AUGACAGCCUUCGUCCCGUCGCUUGCCGUGCGCGCCCGCCUCACCACCGCCCUGCGCAGCUCCCUCUGCGCCCGCCCGUCGCCGCUCCGCCGCGCCCCGCACCCGCCCCGCCGCGCCCACGUCGCCAUGGGAAUCGCCACCGACGCCGCCGCCACGGUGGCCCGCGACACCCUCGCGCACGGCUUCCAGUACGACCUCUUCGUCAUCGGCGCCGGCUCUGGUGGCGUGCGCGCCAGCCGCAUCGCCGCAAACUACGGCGCACGCGUCGUCGUCGCAGAGUCUGGCCCGCUGGGCGGCACCUGCGUCAACGUCGGCUGCGUCCCGAAGAAGCUCUUCGUCUACGGCAGCCACUACGGCCAUGACUUCGACGACGCAAAGGCAUACGGAUGGGACGUCCCCGGGAAGCCAACCGUCGAUUGGCCACGCAUGAUUGCCACGAAAAACGCAGAGAUCGAGCGCCUCAACGGCAUAUACGGCAGGAUGCUUGGGAAGGCCGGCGUCCAGAUCGUGUACGGACACGCUAAGCUGCUCGACCCUCAUACGGUCCAGGUGGGGGAGGAUACCUUCACGGCGGAUAAGAUCCUCGUCGCCACUGGAGGCAAGCCGUUUGUGCCGGAGUUUGAAGGGAGGGAGCAUGUCAUCACGUCCAAUGAGGCCUUCUAUUUGCCAAACUUGCCGAAAAGGGUAUGUAUGGUUGGCGGUGGAUAUAUUGCUGUUGAGUUUGCCCACAUUUUUAGCGGAUAUGGUUCGGAUGUCGUCCUAUCAUAUAGGAAGGAUUUGUUCAUGAGGGGCUUUGAUAUGGACGUCAGAACUCAUUUGGCGGAGCAAAUGGAGCUUCAGGGUAUUGACUUGCGCUUUAAAACCGAGAUUACAAAGGUUGUCAAGAAUCCCGAUGGCAGCUUACAGGUCACGCUUAACAACGGCCAAGUCCUCGAAACCGACCUCGUCAUGUACGCCACGGGACGAGUUCCACUGGUCAACGAUCUCGGCUUGGAAGCGGCAGGUGUCGCGACGGGCAAAUCCGACAAGAUCAUCGUCGACGACUGGAGCAAGACCAACGUCGACAACAUCUACGCCAUCGGCGACGUCACGGACCGCGUCUGUCUCACCCCAGUCGCCAUCCACGAAGGCAACGCCCUUGCGGACACGCUAUACGGAAACAAAAAACGCAACACGAACUAUGACAACAUCCCCACCGCCGUCUUCUCCACCCCGACCAUCGGCACCUGCGGCCUCACCGAGGAACAGGCCAGGGAAAAGUACGGACAGACCGGUAUCGACGUGUAUAAGACUAAGUUCAACCCCAUGAAGCAUACCAUGACCAAGCGCACAGGCGAAAAGGUUUUCAUGAAACUCAUCGUCGACAGGGCGACGGAUGUCGUCGUGGGAUGUCACAUGAUGGACGCCGCUGCGGGCGACAUGAUUCAGCUCGUCGGCGUCGCCAUGAAGGCUGGCGCUACAAAGGCCGAUUUUGAUGCCACUAUGCCAGUCCAUCCCGUCAGCGCAGAGGAAAUUGUUACCUUGAAGACCAAGGAGCCAGAUCCAUAGGUGCACAAAGCACAUUCUCUAUUUUUGUUUUCGUAUACAGUAAUAAACGAGUGUACGUCGCGACUGCGUACAUGACAAUACACGCCAACAAAUAGUCGGUCGUAUG